UAUCCCCUUUCCGAGUGAACUUGAAUGCACCGGUAAAAGGUGAGGCUGCGUGGAAUAGCGGUCCAGCUAACUUCUCCCUAGACUAUGCCUGGGAAGUGUAAAUUCCAGGAGUCGUGGCUCUCCAAGGAGGCCUACAAAGACUGGCUGGUUAAGGACACCCAGGACAUUCACUUCGCCCGAUGUCGGGCCUGUUGUAAAUCCAUUAAACUUCAGACCAUGGGCGAGGCUGCUCUCACCAGCCACGCAGGGGGAGCUGGCCACAAAGCGGCGGUGCGCAAGCUUGUGGAAGGCAGCUUGAGGAUGAUUAACGUUGCUGGGCAGAUGAAUGGCAGCUUGAAUCGGGCUGAAGACAGCAAGGACCACGUGGCGAUCUGCCUGCAGCGUCACGACCUGGACAGGCUACCGGGGAACGACUGGUCAGAUCUGCAACACAGCCCCGCGUCAAAUUCCAGUCUUCACAAUACUGAGGUGCAGGAUGCGUCCUUCCCCUCUGCCUACUUCACAGCCGCAGGCACCUCUGGCUUCGUCACCCAGCGUCUUGUCCCGUCGGCAGGGGGGCGGUCACACGAAGCAGCGGAUCAACAGCAGAGGGCGGAAGUCUUGGAGCAGCAGCAGCACAUGAGGUUGCUGGAGUGGGAGAACAGGAUGAAGGUGCUGGCGUGGGAGCAGGAGCUGGUGAGAGAGAAGACGCGAGCCGCUCGCCAGAAAGUGAAAGCCUUCAGGAUGAAGAAGAACUACUACAAGGCCAAGCUAAAGAGGAUGGGAGAGCAUGUGCCGCCAUCGUCCCCCGGCAGCAGCGAUGAAGAGAGAGGCCCCGAUCUCACGGGAUGAGCCGAGUUUUUACUUUUCGCCAUUUUAGCGCUUGCCUCACACGCCACUGAACUAUUUUCAUACAUGGUUUUCUACCUGAACGCUGAUUGAUAGUCCUUUGCCUCGUCAGCCUUUCCUGCACAAGGAGAACAUUUGUGAGAGUAGAGCAAGGUACGAUGUUAGGCCCACUUGUUUUUCAAAUUCUUUUUUUUCUUUACUGUUUAAGUGAGCAAGAAGAAGAAGCAAUUACCUGUUCUGUAUUUGUUGCUAUUAGAUAGAUUUUGAGCUUUCAUUCCUUACGAUUAAUCCAUAUUCCAGAAACUAGCCAUGUUUGAGAGUUCAGAUCUCAGAUAUGGUAAAAUAGGGGUAAAAUUUACCCAUCGGUCCAUUCUCUUUACUGCUUAUCCUCAUUAGAGUUGCAGAUGAGCUGGAGCCUAUCCCAGUGCACAUAGAAUACCCAAUCAACUAAGCAAGUGAAAAACAUGAAAAUUCCACAGAGGAAUCCUGGAGCCAAGAUUCAAAGGCAGAUGUGCGAACCACUCAAUCACCUUGUUGCCUCGAGUCAAAUUGAUCUGUGGCAAUCCUCCAACAAACACGACAUGAACAUAGUUGUCUGGAUUCAGUGGAUACUUGUAUUGGAAUCUGCCCCGGAUGUCGUACACUUCAGAAUUAGACCUUCAACUUUGUGGCUAAUUUCGGAAUAAAUAUUUUGUAUGUUAAGUAUAUUUAAUUUUUCCUUCAGCUCUUGCUUGUGGUGAAACGUUGACCCUGGAACAGAUUAUUUCUAUGAUGUUGAUAUCCUAUAGGAACUAAUAUAAAGCAUGCUAAAGUGAAACUCUAUGGAGUGACACAACUCACAUGACAUGCUAAUGUUCUGGCGAAUGCUAGCUUGUUAAUAAGCUUUGAGCAAAAUAGCAAGCUGGUGGAACGGGUUCAAUGGCAGGUUUUAGUUUCCCAUUUUGCCCUUUGAAGGAACCAAACUGCUUGCACAAAUGCAGUUGAUUUAAAGCUAUAUAUUUUUUUUUAUGUUUGUUUGAUUGUUUUGUUAAAAAGCUAUUAGCUAUCUUCUAUUAGCUUGAAUGUUUCAGUUGCAUAUUUUGCUCUUCAUUGGACCAAACGGCUGAUGCAGAUGAGUCCAGACUACCAAAAUUAUAUUUCCAAGCUUUGUCUGAUCUGUGAGUUAUUCUAUUUGCACACUUGGAAAGGACACUUUUACGUGGCAGUCAGUAUACGUUUGUUUUGUCAUGAAUGACUGCUGUAUGCAUGUCACGUUUGCUUCUACCAACAUUCUUAUAUGGACAAUCUAACUACACAUUGCAGCUUGUAUGUGCAUGUCUAACUUUGAAAUGUACUAUAAACAACCCCCCCCCAAAAAAAAACAAUGUAAUGAAUAAACAUAAUUUCAUGGUCAGAAGGAAGGUCCUACCUUGUAAAUAUUGAGGGACAAAAUAAUACAUUGAAGACAAUUUAACGCUCAUUAGAUUGAAGUGACAUUACAUGAACAUCAUUCAUGUACAGUCAUGUUUUCUAAUACAGAGUAUUUGUGUUAUGGUUCGAAAUGGAUCAGCGAUUGCAUAAACAAAAAAAUAAUAAUAAUAAUUUCCCCAUUCUGCUGUUGUGCAUUUUAUUGAAUGGGAUCCUCGUGUCUUGAGCAGACACAC